UGAAUGACACGAGAUGUCGAACUUGGAUGGUCAACCGUUAAUUCAAUGACUGCUACCUAGUAAAGUCUAACUAACAAAUAUGAUCUAAUUCGACAAACUUGAAUGUGACGUCGGGUGUGACGACGUCAGGAAACGUCACAGUGACACCGAACUUUCAGAGGGCGAGAGACGAAUGGGAAUCGGAUGAGCGAACUAAACUGAGGGAGGACAGGAAGUGACUCAUGCGAGUGUCAGCCGGUUUGGCUAGACUAUUGCACUUGUGGAUUUGGUAACCUAUGUAGGUAUAUACGUAGGCGCCUGUUGAUAAUACAAUUGUUCAGUCAAGAAUCGUUUGGUCGAGGUGCCGGCGUGCAACAUUGAACGUGCAAGUAGAUAUCUAUUGUCGCUUUCAGAAGAGACAAACUUCAAGGAACGGAAACAAGACGCGUCGUCAAGCUUGCUUGCGUGGUACACUGUAGUUAGAAAAUGAGCUACAGGCAGAGAAGUGAAGGGCAUGUCACUAACUUUGAGUCUCUAAGAGAUGCUGUUGCUAAACAUGGCAGUAGCCAAUGGUAUGAGAUUGCAAUGAAGUUGGGAUUGAAUGACAAAGACAUCAAAUCAGAAGCUUGGAAUAAAGUCGGUUCUGGUGCCAGACUGCUGUCUCUUAUUGAGCGAAACAGAAUGAGAGUUGGUGCAAGCAAGACUGCAGAGGACCUAUUGAAGGUGUGUUCUCAAAUAUCCACACCUAUAAAGGCAGCAGUGCAAGAUGAACUGGAAGAAAGAGGUCGUGAAAAUCAACUUGCAAGUGAACUCCCUACCUUGACAGGAAGUGCUGCUGAUUAUGUGUUAGUAAAAGAAGCUGUUGUUAAACAUGGCAGUAACCAGUGGUACACUAUUGGAUUAAAGUUGGGACUGAACCACAAUGAGAUGUCAGCAAUCACAUAUGAUAAACCUAAUCCUGCUAGAAAACUGCUGUCUAUCAUUAACACCAAGAAAGCCGAAGUUACAGCAACUAUAAUGGCAGAGAAUUUGCUGAGGGUGUGUAGUCAGAUACUCACACCUAUAAAUAAGAUUGUGCAAGAAGAAUUGGAGCGAAAAGACGAUGGAAGUCUAUUAGCAAGCGAAUCUAACGAGUCUACGAAUGUGGAAGGACAUGUUGCUGAUUUUGAGUCUGUGAGAGAUGCUGUUGUUAAUCAUGGCAGUAGCCAGUGGUACGAGAUUGGACUGGAGUUGGGGAUAAGCAAUGCCGAGAUUGAGUCAGAAACGUACGACAAAGGUACGUAUCGUAGCAAACUGUUGGCUCUCAUCGAGAUGAGGAAAUUGGACAUUGGAGCAAAGAGCGCAGCAUCAGACUUGUUGAGGGCAUGUCAUCGCCUACCCACACCUAUAAAUGGAGCUGUGGAAGAUGAAUUGAAAGAAAGAGAUGAUAGAAAUGAACUUGCAAGGGAGGCUCUACGAUUUACAGAAAAUGUGACUGACUUUGACACUAUCAGAAAAGCUGUUGCCAAGCAUAUCAGUAGCCAUUGGUAUGAGAUUGGAGUGGAGCUUGGACUCGACAAGGAAGAGAUCGAAUCGGUAACAUUCGAUAAGCCUAGUCAUGCCGGGAAACUAUUGGCCGUGAUUGAGGAGAAGAGAAUGGCCGUUGGAACAAGAACGACUGCUAACAAGUUGUUGACGGCUUGUCGUCAGAUAUCUUUGGAUGUAACAGAAGCGGUGGAAGAGGAAUUGGAGAAAAGAGAUGCUGACAAUCAAUUUCCACUUGAGCUUAUGAAUAUAUCAGGAGAUGCUGUGACUGAGUUUAAGUCACUAAGGGAUGCUGUUGUUAAAUGUGGCAGUCACCAAUGGUAUGAAAUUGGAUUAGAGUUGGGACUGAAGAAUCAUGUGAUUCAAUCAGAGGCUUGGGACAAGAGUACUUCUUGUAGCAAACUACUGGCUCUUAUUGAGGUGAAGAGGAAAGCCACUGGAACUCGCAAGACCUCGGAGUAUUUGUGGAGGGUGUGUCAUCAAUUGCCGACACCUAUAGAUGAAGAUGUACAAGAGGAAUUGCAGAUAAGAGAUGGUGAAAAUCAACUUUCAGGUGAACCCCCAAACUUGGCAGCAAAUGUUUCCACCAAUUUCAAGUCUAUAAUCGAUGCUGUUCUGAGACAUGGCAGUAGCCAGUGGUACGAAAUCGGAAUAAUGUUAGGAAAGACUCAUGAUGAGAUCUCACUAUCAACUUGCGAUAUCAAUAGUCCAAGUGGGAAACUAUCGACUCUCAUCUUGAGAACGAAGAGUGAGAUUGGAACUCGAGGGACUGCAGAAGUUUUGCUGACAUUGUGUCAUCGAUUACCAAUACCAAUACAUGGAGCAGUGCAAGAUGAACUGAUGAACUAGAAUUAACUUGUAUGUGAAUUUGAACAAAUGAGUCUUUUAGAUUUCCACACAAAUUCUCUAUAUUUGCAAAAGUUGGCAAUAUGAGUGAUUAUUUAUUAGAUGAUGUACACUGUA